AUGAAGAUACUUGUCCUCCUCUCUGCCCUCGUCCUGCUGGCCUUCCAGGUCCAGGCUGCCUUGAGAGAUCUGGGAUGCUAUUGUAGAAAAAGAGGCUGCACAAGAAGAGAACGCAUUAAUGGGACUUGCAGAAAGGGUCAUUUAAUGUACACGCUCUGCUGCCUCUGA